AUGUGCAGGGGAAUACUCACCCCAGGAGCCUCCGCGUCCAAAGAAAUCGACUCAAUAAUAGCAGUCACAAACGGGUUCCUCUCAGCAUUGAACACCAAAUCCCGACUCGACUUCGAAAGACACUGCGUGCGGGCUGGUGGCAUGUCCCUCUCCCCUCCGCCGCCCACAUCCACAUCCCUCCGUUUCUGCACAAUCGGCUCGUUCAUCGAGUACAUGGCGACUGUUCAGGAUGAUGUUGAUGAGCGGAUCUGGGAUCCGGAGAUCAAGGUGCACGAAGGCGGUAAUCUUGCGGCUGUUUGGGCUCCUUUCAGGGCGAAGAUCAACGGGGUUGUGGAUCAUGUUGGUGUGGAGCUUUUUAUUCUGCAUAAGAUUCAUGGGGAGUGGAAGGUUACUGGGUUGGCAGAUUCUUGUAUGAGGCCUACUGACGAGGAGAUGGGGAUGGAGUGA